GACAAAUAAACAAAAUUUCAUAACUACGUUUCCCCAAUCAGGCAAAGAAAGGAUACAAGUUUAGCCAUAAUUAGUAUCCUUUUCCCUAAAUAAACGCAACUUAGAUACAAACCAUUUAACCAUUUCCAUGAAGCGUUUUCUCAUUGCCAUUGGCUUAGUCACCUCCAUUUCUCUAAUCUCCUUCACUGCUCGUUUCUCCCACAACUAUGCUUAUACUGCUACCCUUGCAAACAGAGAAAAUCUGAUCAGCAAAGAAGAAGAAGAAACAAACAUAUCCCACAUUCUGUUUGGCAUCGCAGGGUCCGCUAACACAUGGAAGAAUCGCUCGGGUUACUCUGGUCUCUGGUGGAGACCAAAUGUAACGCGAGGAUUCGUGUGGCUCGAUAAGACGCCCCCGGGAAACGAAUCCUGGCCGGAGACUUUCCCACCCUAUAGGAUCUCCCAAGACACUUCCGCAUUCAAGUUUACCUGCUCGUUUGGAUACAGGUCAGCUAUGAGAAUUGCGAGGAUUGUAAAGGAGAGUUUUGAACUGGGCUUCACGAAUGUGAGGUGGUUUGUAAUGGGAGAUGAUGACACAGUUUUUUUUACUGAAAAUUUAUUGACUGUUUUGGCUAAAUAUGAUCACAACAAAAUGUAUUACAUUGGUGGGAGUUCCUACACUGUGGAUCUGGAUGUUCUAUUUUCCUAUGGUAUUGCUUGCGGCGGCGGAGGCUUCGCAAUUAGUUAUCCUCUCGCGGCGGAGCUCGUCAAGAUAUUAGACGGCUGCAUUAAUCGCUACCAUUACUUGUACGGUUCUGAUCAGAAGAUCGCUGGCUGUGUUGCUGAGCUUGGCGUUCCUCUCACCAAAGAGCUCGGCUUCCAUCAGAUGGAUAUAGAAGGAAGUCCACGAGGGUUUUUUGCAGCACAUCCUAUUGCGCCAUUUGUAUCACUACACCAUUUGGGCCUGGUAGAUCCUCUAAUUCCAUUGAUGAGCCGAAUUGAGUCAGUCAAAAAGGUGAUUGAGGCUUAUAAAAAGGACCCAAGUCGGACGAUGCAGCAGAGUUUGUGCUAUGACUUAAAGAGAAAUUGGUCAUUAUCAGUGUCGUGGGGAUACUCAGUCCAAUUAUAUCCGUGGGUGAUGAAUGCAAGGGAAUUGGGGAUGCCGGUACGAACAUUCAAGACAAUUAGACGAAUGGAGGGACCAUUCACAUUUAGUACUCGGCCAGACUAUGUAGAUCCGUGUAAGAGGCCAAUAGAGUACUACUUAGAUCAAGUUACUGACAUCCGUAAUGGUGAAACCUUGACCAGUUAUAAUAGGGUUGGUGAUAUUAACAAGCAAUGCGAGAACGAACAUUAUGGACCAGCAUUAGCAAUUCCUACGGUUAAUGUCAAGGCGCGUAUGCUAUCUCCCCAAGUAUGGAGACAGGCACCACGUCGGCAAUGCUGCGAGGUAAUCGACGGCGAAGAUGGAAUUGGGAGCGUCUUGCAUAUCAGAAUUAGAGGUUGCAAUCAGUGGGAAUCAGUGACGCCGCCCUUCCACGACAAGUACGGAGAAUUUGCCUACUUUCAACGACGAUUCCUUCAACCAUUGAAUUGGACAAGAAGUUUACGGUCUAUGACAAGUGAAUUGAUGGGAAAGGAAAAUACUUCUAUGAGUAUGAAGUAGAAUUUUAUUGUAACGUUCGAUCAUGCUUCUAGUCAACUAAGAGUACGUAUUUCUGUUUUACAGAAAAAAGUGUUUAUUUUGAAGGCUUAAGGUGUUUGGUGAAGUUUCUAAGGAAAAAAAUAAGUGUUGUGAAUAGCAGUAGAAGCUAGUUUUAAUUCUUUUAGGACAAAAGUAUCAUUAACAAAGAUUUAUAUUUA